AUGUCAAACGCCUUCCUUUGCCUUGUUAUCACAUACCACAUUAUCUGCCCAGCCUGUAAUGCUGCUCCAGCAGGGACUUUAAGUGGGUCUCCAAGGAACAAGUUGCUGCUCAUCUCCUUUGAUGGCUUCCGUUGGGAUUAUGACCGGGAUCUUGAAACCCCCAACCUGGAUAAGAUGGCCAUGGAUGGAGUGAAAGCGAUCUAUGUCACACCACCCUUUCUCACCAUUACUAGCCCUGCUCACUUCUCGCUGCUAACAGGAAAUUUCGUAGAGAAUCACGGGGUAAUCCACAACAUUUGGUUCAACACAACCACUCAGGAGAAGAAGCAGUACCAUGCAGCUCAGUUUGUCGAUUCCUAUUGGGACAAUGGCAGCUUACCCAUCUGGAUAACGGCACAAAGACAGGGUUUAAGAACAGGGUCUCUGCAUUUUCCUGGCACAGCUGCUACCUACAAAGGAGAAACAGUGAAUGUGAAGCAGGUGGAACCUCCUAUCUAUAAUCAUGGAAACGAGACAGAAUGGAGACUAAACAUCGAUAAGGUGAUUGGAGAGUGGUUCCACCAACAGGACCUGGACUUUGUCUCCUUGUACUUUGGAGAACCAGAUUUAGUUGGGCACAAAUAUGGACCUGAUUCCCCUGAAUGCCAGAAAAUGGUCCAGCAAGUGGAUCGUACUGUAGGCUACAUCCGGGACAAGAUCUUUUUUCACGGUUUAACUGACAGACUCAACAUAAUCAUUACUGCUGACCACGGGAUGACUAAAAUCUUACCUGAAGGACAAAUUCAGAGGAUCGUCUUGUCUAAGAUUCCGGGCUUCAGCUUCAAGGAUAUCCAGUUCCAACUUUUAGAUUAUGGGCCUGUUGGAAUGCUGCUUCCAAAAGAAGGGAAGCUGGAGAAAGUCUAUCAAGCUCUGAAGGGAGGACACCCUCACCUCCAUGUGUACAAAAAGGAGGACAUGCCAGAACGACUACACUACAGUUCUCAUCCACGACUUCUUCCCAUCAUCCUCUUGUCUGACCCUGGAUACGUCAUCAGUGGGUUUGCACCAUUGCAAUUCAACAAAGGAGAUCAUGGCUUUGACAACGAAGUCAUGGAUAUGAAAGCCUUUUUCAGGGCGGUGGGGCCCAAUUUUCAGAAAAACCUGAUUGUCGAUCCGUUUGACCUGGUUAACGUGUACCCACUAAUGUGCCAUCUCCUUGGGAUACAACCGGAGCACAAUGAUGGACACUUGGACAAUACCAAACACAUGCUGACUCCCAAGAAAAACACAGGAAGUGACCAUGAAGGUGCAGAGGGCAACACUCAAACGGAGGCGCUGAUAGGACUGAUAUCCGUGACAGGGUUUCUUGUCCUUGUGUUUAUCGUCACCGUCUCCUACAACACGUGCAAAAGGACAAAAGCAUGAGGUGUUAUAGAAGUCCGAUAUAAAUUAUAUUUAGGCAUAAACCUUAUCUGGAAGCCGCAGCACCCGCAUGAAAAACGUGCCUUUCCGGGAGUCAAAGAAAAGGUAUUUGCCGUGAAUCCAUCAAGUGUCUCUCUGCAGUGCAAUGUUUCAGUCUUCCAUAAAGUCAAGUUCAUUCAAAUUAAUAUGAAGGUAUCUAUACCGCAUCUUCUCUCAGGUCUGGAUCUCGUAUUAAACAUUUUGAAACAUUUACAACAGCUACUAUACAUUUUAAAUUAGGACUCUAUAAAAUGACAUGAUUGUUAUUAUCAUACAGGUAAUAUUGUGAAUAAAUGAAC